CACAACACUUUUGAGUCACAGAGUACAGAGCCAAUCGACAAAUAUCUCUUGAGCGAGCUCUCUCUCUCUCUUCCGUCCUCCGUUUCAUUUUUCAAUUUUUUUGGGGGGGGCCAACGUGUUGUUCCCUCGUAUGCUAAUCCAUCUAUUCGAAUCUCACUAUUUCUUGAUCUGGGUAUCCAAUAUUUCAACCUCAGAACAUAGUUUUUGCCAUCGAAAAUCCUUUAUUUUUCUCAGCUUUCCCUUUGCAAAUCUGCUGGCAGAGAAAAACCCAUCUGGGUCUUGCUCUCUCUUUUAAGUUAUACGGUUGCUUUAACAGAUUCAAAGUAAUGGGUUUCGCGUUGAAGAUGCAAAUAAGCUAUUUUUCAUAUCUGAAAUCUUCUUUAUUUGUAUGAGUUAUUCUGUUGUGGAGCUUUGAGACUAUGGGUAGGGGUAGAGGAAAGGGGAAGAAGUUAACUGCUACCAAUCAUGACGAUCCUGGAAGUGGUGAGGAAGAGAAAAUUCCCACACAGAAAAGAAGAGGGCGACCACAGAAACCGCUGAAGGAUGAAAUUGAUGAAGAAGAAAUUGAAAAGGUAGAAGAGGAAGACAGUGAGAAUGCAAAAUCUGGUAUUCCCAGGAAAGAGCUGAAGAGUCCUAUUACAGAAAAUGGAAAGAAGAGAAAGCGAAACUCACAGGUAAAAGAGAAACCAGAUUCUGUAGAGGAGGAGGAAAAUUGUAAUGGCAACCGAUUAAGCACUGAUGAUUCGACCAAGUCUAAUGGAUUUCGGCAUAAUGGAAGCAGACGAAAAAGCAAGCCUCGUCGUGCUGCCGAAGCAGGUGUUGAGUGCAAGUGAGAUUAUGGCUUUGCCUUUUUAUCCCAACGGUUCUCCCAUUUCACCAUACUGGAUUGCGCGUAGGAAGUGUGACCUAGAGAACCUCGAGUUUCAUAAUGCUUUGAUUUUUGUUCCUUAUCCAUUUAGGCAGUUCUUUAUCAUCCGUUUUUAAUUUAAAUUGUGAGAUUUGGAAUUUAUUCUACUGAUUGUAAUUCCCCAUAAUGCUAUUAUAUUUUUAUGCACGGUUGCAUUUGUUUUUGUAUCAUAUAAAUAUGCAUAGCAUGCUUAAUCUGUU